AUGAAUCUUUCUCCGCCUGGUGCUUCUUCAUCAUCGCCCCCGAUGACUCCCGUCGUUCUUCCACUACUCGUCGGAAGGACUUCUCACAACAAUGUUUUUGGAACUUCAAGUAGAGGCACAAACCAAUCAUCAUCAUCACCAUUGGUCAAGUCUGAUUCCUCUUCUUCUUCCAAGAAGAAUGAUUAUUAUUACUUUCAUCAACUCAUUAAGCCUUCUUUUGACUAUGAAUUACUUUGUAAAUGUUAUCAUAAUCAACAAGUAGUCAUACAACAAUUGAGUCGUUAUUGUGAAGAUUUGAAGAGAUUGAAUCAGGACAAUGAGAAGGAGCUUUUUGGAGUGUCAUCAUCAUCCUACAAUUAUUCCGACCAACCAUAUGCAUCCAUGUUCCAUACGCAUACGCAACAACAGAUGAUGACUACAAAAUACAUUUCCGAACCAUCCUCUUCCUCAUCCUCCAUUACAUGUAACACCAAGUACGACGGGGAGGGUGUAAUUCCUCCAUCAUCGAUGAGUAGUAGUAGAGAAUUCCAUGAAGACAAUGACGAUGAUGGUCAUUACGGCGAUGGAGAUGGUACUGCAACACUAUCAAUAUCCUCAGACUCGAACAUGGGUCAUUCGAGUAGUAGUCAUUCGAGUAGUAGUAGUAGUAGUGGUGGUAUGAGUGGUGGUAUGAGUGGUGGUAUGAGUGGUGGUAUGAGUGGUGGUAUGAGUGGUGGUAUGAGUGGUGGUAUGAGUGGUGGUAGUGGUACGAGUCAUACGAGUGGUUGUGGCAAUGUGAGUGACCAAAAGUCGUCUCCCUCAUCAUCAUCACCUCCUCUCAUUGCAUUUACUAUGGAUCAAUUGAAUGAUUUCUUUUCUGGAAUUCGAGAUGGACAUGCCAAUGGAUUGAUUCAACGCAUUCUCAAUGCAGCAGCAGCAACAACAACAACUUCCGAUCAUCACCGUAUGUCCAACAAUAACAACAUCUCUCCUACUACGUCACAUCGUACUAAUAAUAACAGCAACAACAAUAGUAGUAAUAGUAGACGAACCAACCAAAAUAACCACAAUAACCAAAACAACAACCCAACCAUCAUGAACAUUCGUAAUGCAACUACUCACCACUCUGUUCAUGAAGAAACUCAUGAAGAUCACAAUGAUGACGUUGAAGAUGAUGAUGCAUCAUCAUCACCCACCUUUCAUGACGACAAUGAUUCAGAGGAGGUGAUUCUGAACCAUUCAAAUUUGUGGUCGACUCGAGGAGGUGACUCUUCUACAACAACAACAACAACAACAACACCUGGAAAUAACUCCUCCAACAACAUCAACAUCUCCACUCCCUCUCUAACCAUCAUUCCAUCUUGUUAUUUAUUCAUUCGAGAUUUUCAAUAUCAAAAUGUCUCGACUACUUCACAUGCAACAUUGGGUUAUAAUUGUUUACAUUUAGCUUGUCAAUAUGGUCAUUUGAAUCUUGUAGAGGAAAUUAUUGAUCUUUUCAGAGAUUACUUUCCACAUGUUCCACUCGUAGAAUAUCUCUCACUCAAAUCAUCAACAAGUCAUGAAAUGACACCUCUCAUGAUUGCAUGUCGUUAUGGACAUUAUCAUAUUGUGAAAUAUUUGGUUUCAUUUCAAAAAUUAACCAUUGCCAAGAGUUUGAGUGGCAAGUUACCCAUUCACAUUGCCAUGUUCUCUGGUAAUGACACCAACACAUUGGAUAUUGUAAAAUUAUUCAUUCCAACGACAGCAUUGAACAAAUUUGCAUCACAUUCUUUACAACAACAUGUAGAAACAUUACUCACGAGUAGAGAUGAUCAUGGAGAUUCUUUAUUAAUUUUAGCAGCAAAAGAAAACAAAUUAGAUGUCAUUGAAUAUAUUAUUUCAGUGUUAAAAGUUGGAUCCAUUGAAACAUUUAUUUCAGUCUUGUCCAUGAGAAAUCAUUAUGGAAAUGAUGCCUUGUAUUGGGCCUAUACGAAUCAACAUUUUGAAUUGGCUGCUUAUUUGAGAGAUGAAAUCAUUGAAUUGAGUAAUAGUAUUAAGAAGAAACCAUCCAUCUUGUAUGGUGGAUCAUGCUCACCCAAUUUAAAUCAAUCUCCCUCAUUGAUGGGAAAUGCCAGAACCAUGUCCACUCUCUUUGAUUUGAGUGGUGGUGUGGUUAGUGGUGGUCAUCUCCAUAACAAUCCAAUGCAAGGAGUGAAUGCAUUUACCAAUUCGACUACAACUACUACUACUACUGGUAUUGUUACUCCUCCUCCCAUGAUGAUGAAUCAACUGUAUCCUUGUUCUCGAGAACCACAAUCACAACAACAACCACAUGAUUCAUCCUCCACUUCCUCCUCCAACCUCAAAUUCAACCACAUGAUUGAAAUUCAACCACCAUCAUCAUCACCACCACUGGAUCAUCAUGAUGCAUCAAGUACUCUCGAACAAUCUCUAUUACUUUCUCUCAAAGAUCAUUUCAUGCAAUGCAUUGAACAAAAUGAUGUUCUUACUUGUGAUAUUCUCAUUGAUAAGGUUGGAAGAGAUUUACUCAAAUGUUCCACACGUGAUAUGAAUAUUUUUCAAAAUGAAACUCAAAAACAAGAGGAUGAUUGGAUCCAUGAAUGGAAUUAUACUCCUCUUCAUAUUGCUUGUCAAUGUCUGAAUAAGGAAAUAUUUUAUUACUUGAUCGAUACUUUUGAAAAAUUAUUUGGAAAGGAACAAUUACAACAAUGGAUGAAUCAACAAUCGGACAAGUAUCAAUGGACAGCUCUCAAUCUCUUAUGUAAACACAGUGGAUCAAGAAUUCUUAAUUGUUCAAUUUCUUCACAACAACUUGUGAAUUCUUCCAAAGUUCAUCACAAUGAACAAGGAAAAGCCUUUGACAUGAUGAAAUUAUUACUCGAGAAGGGAGCUGAUUUCACUCUUGCGAAUUCAUUUCAAAUGAGACCAAUUCACACAUUGGCCAUUUAUCAUGGAAGUAUUUCAAUGGUCAAAUUAUUGAUUGAAAAUGGAGAACAAGUGGAUGUGAGACAUGAAUUCACAGGUUACACAUCCUUGCAUUUAGCUGUAUUAUCAGGAUAUUUAGAUUUGGUCAUUGCUUUGGUGAAUGACAUGCUGGCCGAUGAGACCAUUUCAAGUUUUUCCAAUACUGCCACAACUGCCACAACUGCAGGUUGUUGUACACCGUUUUCCUCAUCAUGUCCAUUCAUUCUCAUGUCAGAAACACCUCGUGAAUUGGCCAUUCGAAUUGGUAAUGAAGAGGUUUGUAAAUUCUUCAAGACCAAUACUCUAUCCUUGUUGCAUGCCAUGAAUGCAACCUUUGGAAAUGUUCUCUCAAUGUCCUCUAAUGCAACUAAUGCCACUCCUCAUACAACUGCUGUAACCACCACCAUGGUUUCCUCUUUGACUCCAUCAUCGACCAGUACAGCCAGCAGCACCACUACCACCAACACGAUCACUUCUCUCAUGAAUAAUAAUACCAAUACCAUCAAUACCAAUACCAUCAAUACCAAUACCCAUAACACUCUCAACAACAACAACAACAACAACAAUAAUGGAAUCUAUGCAUCACAACAAGUUCAUCUCUCCAAUCAAUUAUGUAUUUCAUACUUUAUUCGUCAUGUGAAGAGAGAUAAUUACAUUUUGGUUCAACAACUUGUGAAAUUGAAUCCAAAUUAUUUACAAUGUGUGGAAGAUGAUGAAUGGAGAUAUAGUUGUUUCCAUUGGGUUGCUCAAAAAGGAUGUUAUCAAACUGCACAAGUACUUCUCAAAUAUGCCAAUCAAUUCUUUUCACCACAAAUGGUCAAACAUUUAAUUAAUCGAAAAUCAUUGAGAACCAAAUGGACACCUCUUGGAUUAGCAGCCAAAUACAAUCAUGCUCAUGUUGCUCGAUUAUUAUUAGAGGCAGGAAGUGUCAUGUCUCUCACAACUACUUCAGGAAAUCGACCCAUUCACAGUGCUGCCUUUUACAAUAGUUUAGAUGUAUUGAAAUUAUUGGUUGAAGUUGGAGGUGAAGAUGUCAAUGUUCAAGAUUCCAAAGAUGGAUUCACAGCACUUAUUAUGGCAGCACAAGAAGGUCAUCGAAAUUGUUGUUCGUAUUUACUUUCACGUGGUGCAGAUCCUUCGAUUAAAAGUAAAGAAGGAGAUUCAAGUUUGUAUUGGGCCUAUGAAAAGAAUCAUACAAGUAUUGUUGAAUUACUAAUUAAGGAAUUAGAGAGACGGAAUAUGAGAGAACCUUUAAAUCAAUUCUUUUUCAAAGCUGUCAAGAAGAAUGAUUUAUAUACUGUGGAAAAUAUGAUUAUGAAAAAUAAGGAAUAUUUAUUGAUACGUGAACCUGAUGAAUGGUCUUAUUCACCACUGCAUUGGUGUUCACAGAAAGGUCACACUCAAAUGGCACAAUUUUUAAUUGAAAUGAUUCAAUUGUAUUAUCCUGAUCAAUUCUCAGAUUUAAUUAAUGCCAAAGGUACUAAAAUUAAUUGGACACCUAUUGGAUUGGCAUGUCGAUACAAUAAUUUAGAAAUUGCAAAAUUAUUAGUGAAACAUCGAGCAGAUUUUACCAUUCCUACCAAAAAUGGUAAUCGACCCAUUCACAAUGCAUCCUUUACGGGACAUCAAGAAAUUGUUAAAUUCUUACUCGAUAGUGGUGAGAGUGUCAAUGUAAGAGAUUCUAAAUAUGGUUAUUCUGCAGUCAUGUGUGCUGCCAAAAAGGGACAUUUCAAUCUUGUGAAAAUGCUCUAUGAACAAUAUGGAUCAGAUUUAAAUGCUACCAAUUCGAAUGGAAAGACUGCAUUGCAAUUAGCAAUGGAUCAUCAACAUGAUCUUAUUGCCAAAUAUUUGAGAGAUCCACCACCUUUGGAUAAAUUCUUUCAACAACAACAACAGCAUCAACAACAACAAGGACUCUCCUCCUCAUCCCUAUUAGGAAAUCAACACAAUUCCAUUCUUACUAGUCUUACGAUUGCUACCACAAGUAUUCGAAAGAAUUUACUCGUGUUUUUGACAGCCAUGAUUGGAAAAUCUCAACUUAAAAAGAAAGUCAAAUUGGAUGGAAUUGAUUCCAUUAACACUCUCAAGAAUGCUCUCAUUCAUUCCAUUGGUCCUUCUAAUCAUUUAUUUUCAUCAUCAAUACCCAUCUACAAAGAUCACUUGGAUUCUUUGAUCACUUCUCAUCAUCAUCCUAAUAAUAAUAAUAGUAGUAGUAAUAGUAUGAAUAAUAUUAGUAUUGUCAAUAGUAGUAAUGGUAUUGUCAAUAGUAAUUACAACAACAACAACAACAACAACAUGAAUGACAUGGUGAUACAUUCAUCAUUUUUAUUUUUAUAUUACGAUGAUCAAUGUCAGUCCUAUCUCAAUUUAGAUUCAGAUGCAUUUGAAUUUCUAAAAGAGAGUCCAAAUCUUACUAAAAUUGUCAUGAAAAGUAAUGAAGACAUGAGAAGUAGUAACAUUGGUAGUAGUAGUAGUAUUGGUAGUAGUAACAUUGGUAGUAGUAGUAGUAGUAGUAUGGAAUUGACUAAUAUUGGCCAGAUGAUGACAAUGGCUCCAUCUGUGGAUUUAACAAAAACUCAAGAAAUUGAUAUUGAAGCCAUGUUCAAUUCCAUGCCACUCUCGACUCCAAUGAAUGAAUUUUCAUUGUUGGAUGAUGCGUUAGGUUCAAUAAUGACUAUGGAAUCGACUGCAACUUCUAUCACCACCUCAACAACAACCUCAACAACAUUUAUGAAUUUUAUUCCUCACUCUCCACCACAACAACCAUUCUCAUCAUCUACAUUAACAUCACCAUCAUCAUCUGGACCCACAUGGAAUAUGCGCUCAAAUAACACAAUGAUGAGUGCUACGAACAACAACAACAACAAUAAUACCACCACUACUACUACCACCACCACCACUCCUAAAAAACCACAACUUGUAUCAUCCAAUUCACAACCACCCUCAGCCUCUGAACUAUUAUGCUCUUCCAUGAUGAUGAUGAUUCGUCAUCGAUAUCAAAUCAUGAAACCCAAUUACAAACCCUAUCGAGAAUAUUUUCAUAGAGAUGCAUCACCACCAUCACUUGUCAACAACUCGAUCACCAGCAGUUCAAGUAAUAGCACCACCACCACCACCAAUAGCAAUAGCAUCAGUGGCACCACUGAGAGUUAUCUCUGUAGAGAUCUUUCAACCAAUGAAAUGAAAAUGUUAAAAAUGUAUCCAUUGGAUAAGACGAAUGAUCUUCAUUCCUAUAUUCAACACUUGAUUAGAAUUACUCAAUUAUCAUCCAUUCAUUCUUCCAUAGUUCCUAUAUUGGAUGGAUUUGAAUGGUUUUCACCUCUCCAUGGUCGUCAAUUUUGUAUUGUCACACCCUAUUAUGGAGAUCAAUUCAUUGAUUUAGGACAAAUGAUUAUGCAUUACAAAUGUGAAUUGAAAAGACCCAUUCCAGAAAAGAUGAUUCGAAUCAUUAUGAAAGAAUUAUAUUCUAUUCUUUCAGGUAGUCCUAUGAAUAAUAAUAGCAAUACCAUGAAUAGUAAUAUGAAUAACAAUACCAUGAAUAGCAAUACCAUUGUUAAUAGUAAUAGUAAUAAUAUGAAUAGUAAUACCACUCCUGAUUCGAGUCAUUCUAUGAAUCCUCUAGUCAAGAGUGACAAUCAUCAUGGAGUAUAUCAUGGUAAUUUGAAAUUAUCCAAUGUGUUGAUCAACACAAAAUCAUUUCUAUUACCAACACAUGAAUACUCAUUGGAAACUACUUUGAAUUCAACAACUAGUAUAAAUUCAACAACUAGUAUAAAUUCAACAACUAGUAUAAAUUCAACAAGAGAAGAAGAAACAACAAUCAUGAUGAAAUUAUGUGAUUUGAGUCGAAGAAAGAGUCUUCAAUGGUAUUCGAUCCAUUCACCAACACCACCAACACCACCACCACCACCAAACAAUCUCUCCAUCCCAUUACAUACACAUGGUGGUGAAAGUUUAACUAUCAAUAAUAAUGAGGAGUAUUAUUAUUACCGUCACCAUCGAUAUGAAGAUCUUUUGAGUAUGGCAUGCAUCAUUUAUCGAUUAUUAACCUUUGAUUUGGAAACUGAUAUUCUUUUAUUAAUGUCAUGCAGUUCAACAUUUAAGAAUACCAUGAUUCGAUCCAUUACUGAUCACUAUGGAUAUCAAAGUCCAUUAUUAACACAAAUGAUGCAAAUUCUAUUUACUAUCUUUGCACCAAUUAUGAAACAUGAACAACAAACAGAUUCUAUUAUGAGGAUGCAUCACAACAACAAGGAUACUCCUCUUUCUAUUCCUUUUUGUAGUCAUAGUAGUAGUCAUAGUCAUCGUAGUAGUAGUACCAUUGUAGAGGACAUUGUGAGUGUUCAACACAUUGAAUGUAUGGUCCACCAACUUGUGAGUCAAUUGUAA